ACACAUUUUCCCGGUGUUCGGAUAGCCGCGCAGGGGCCUGCGGCCGGUCGCGCACCUCCUCCGGCCUCCCUCGGCGGGGAGGCGGGUCUGUGUGAGGAGUAGGCGGUGCAGCGUGGCCCCGCCAGGGUUGAGAGGGAAGCGGGACAGAAGGUGGUUGGUGGGGGCUAGUUGCCCUCAAAAAGCUGCUGAGCAGCGAGCAGCCGACUAAGCCAGUUGUGCCUCUGUCUGGUGGAGGAGUGGUGCAGGGUUGGUUGGGCAGAGACAGUGGCGCGAGGGGCCGCAGUGGCCCGGCAGAUCCCAAGGCAGCGCCCGUCCCGAGAGCAUGCGGCGGCAGGAAGAGGAGUGAAGAGCUGUGGCUGCGCCUCUGUGUCGUCUUCUCCCCCCUCGCCAGGUCUUCGCUCUCGCGGGCUUAGCGCGGACUCCCGGAUCAAAAUGGAGCCGUUUCCCAGUGUGCCUUCCCUGUCUUCUACCUCUUUUGCUGGCCAUGCAGCAGCACAUGCCAUGGCUGGGGUUGGAGCUGUGUACUGAUUGGCUGCUACCUUUUGAAGUGGUUAAGAUAUCGAAUUCAGUUACCCAGGAAUAUGAUUGAAAACAGCAUGUUUGAAGAAGAGCCUGACGUGGUUGACUUGGCAAAAGAGCCUUGUUUACAUCCUCUGGACCCUGAUGAAGUGGAAUAUGAACCAAGAAGCUCCCGGCUUUUGGUUCGUGGCCUCGGAGAGAAUGAAAUGGAUGAUGACGAAGAGGACUAUGAGUCAUCAGCAAAAUUGCUGGGGAUGUCCUUCAUGAACAGAAGCUCGGGUCUCCGGAAUAACAUGUCUGUCUAUAGACAAAAUCCAAAUGAAUCGUGUUUGGUGCCCUCUACAAGGACCAUGGUGGUUUGCACAGUCAUUCUUGUGAUUGCAGUUUCAUUAAUAAUGGCGAUUUAUCUUCUUCCCAAAUGUAUCUUUACCAAAGAAGGCUGCUAUAAAAAAAAUUAUACAAUGGAACUAAUAUACCCUUUGGCAACCAAUGGAAAACUGUUUCCAUGGUCAAAAAUUAGGCUUCCUCCUGAUGUUGUACCAUUGCAUUAUGAUCUUGUUUUGCAGCCAAACCUAACUACUCUGAAAUUUGCAGGCUCUGUAAACAUAGUAGUUAAUGUAAUCCAGGUAACUUGGAAAAUUGUACUUCACAGCUCAGGACUUAAUAUCAUGAAGGCAACAAUUACUUCAGCAGGAGGGCAACAAACAAAACCAGCUGAAUUCCUGGAAUAUCCGUUGCAUGACCAGAUUGCAAUCAUGGCUCCUGAAGCUCUCCUUGUAGGACAGAAUUAUACUGUCAACAUAGAAUAUUCAUCUAAUUUAUCAGAUACCUAUUAUGGCUUUUACAAAAUUUCUUACAAGGAUGAGAAUUCUGAGCAAAGAAAGAGAAUGUGUAAGUGUUCACAGAGGAAAAAAGUGAUCUGUCAGUGGUUUGCAGCAACUCAGUUUGAACCUCUUGCAGCAAGGUCUGCUUUUCCAUGCUUUGAUGAACCAGCAUUUAAAGCUACUUUUUUAAUCAAGAUCAAAAGAGAUGAGAAACUUUCAACUCUGUCAAAUAUGCCAAAGAAAGCCACUACUCCUGUGACAAACGGAAUUGUUCAAGAUGAAUUUUUUGUGAGUUUGAAGAUGAGCACCUACCUAGUAGCCUUUGUUGUUGCAGACUUGAAAAACAUCAGUAGGGAAACUAAUGGGAGUCUGGUAUCUAUCUACGCCAUACCACAGCAUUUAAAUCAAGUUGGAUAUGCCCUAAACACAGCAGUGAAACUUCUGGAAUUUUAUCAAAAAUACUUUCUAAUAAACUACCCUCUUGAAAAAUUAGAUCUGGUAGCAAUUCCUGAUUUUCAGUCUGGUGCAAUGGAAAACUGGGGCUUGAUCACCUUCCGAGAAACAGCACUCUUGUUUGACAGUAAUACUUCUUCAGCAAGAGAUAAAAAGUUAAUAACUGCAGUGAUAGCACAUGAGCUUGCCCAUCAGUGGUUUGGCAAUCUAGUAACUAUGGAAUGGUGGAACGAUCUCUGGCUGAAUGAGGGAUUUGCCACUUUUAUGGAGUAUGUUGCCAUGGAGGAGAUUUUUCCAGAAUUACAUUCAGAUGAAGAUUUCCUUAACUUAAUUUUCAAGGCUAUGAUGAAGGAUUCUUUAAAUUCUUCACAUCCAGUCUCUUCUGCUGUUCAGUCUUCAGAACAAAUUGAAGAAAUGUUUGAUGCACUUUCUUAUAUCAAGGGGGCUUCACUUCUUUUGAUGCUGAAGCACUAUCUCACCAAGGAUGUUUUCCAAGCUGGCAUUGAGGUAUACUUGCAUAAUCAUAACUAUGGAUCUGCCCAGAGUGAUGACUUGUGGGACAGCAUGAAUGAGGUUACCAAUGGAACACUAGAUGUAAAAAAGCUGAUGAAAACAUGGAUUCAGCAUAAAGGAUUUCCUUUAGUCACUAUUGUUCGAAAGAGAAAUGUUAUUUCUUUACAACAAGAGAAAUUUUUGUAUCACAUGGAACCAGAAAAUUGGACAUCAGAUACAAGUUAUCUGUGGCAUAUUCCUCUCACCUACAUAACUAGUAACUGCAACUUUACCCAUUGUACUAGUGCAUAUUUACUGGACCAGAAGUCAGCUGUCAUUGAACUUCCAGAAGAGGUGGAAUGGAUAAAAUUCAAUGUGGACAUGAACGGCUAUUACAUAGUACACUAUGCUGAAGACUGGAAAACACUAAUUGAUCUGUUGAAAAAAAACCACACUGCUUUGAGUCCUAAAGACAGAGCCAAUCUGAUCAACAAUAUCUUCAGCCUUGCAGGUCUAGGAAAAGAGUCUCUGGAAAAGGCCUUUGAGCUGAUUGAUUACGUUAACAAAGAGAGCAGCACUUCACCACUCACUCAAGCUUUAUUUCAGCUGAGUCAUAUAUACAGCCUUUUGGAGAAAAAGGGUGAACAACAGCUGGCAGUACGAGUCAUGCAUAGAAUAGAGCACCUGCUUGGAGAUAAAAUUGAUCAACAGCACUGGACAGAUGAUGGGACCCUGUCUGAACGAGAGCUCCGGUCAAUGCUGCUAGCUUUUGCCUGCACCCAUGAUAUGAGAAACUGUAGAACAACUGCCAAUGAGAUGUUUAAGAAGUGGAUGAAGUCUAAUGGAACAAUGAGUCUGCCAAGUGAUGUUAUGAAAGCCAUAUUUAUAGCUGGAGCCAAAUCUAGUGAUGGCUGGGAAUUCCUCCUAAAGAUGUACUCAUCUUCAGUUUCUGAAGCAGAGAAAAGCAAGAUGAUUGAAGCCUUGUCCACCACAGAAGAUGUCAGAAAGCUGAUCUGGUUAAUGCAGAACAGCCUUGAAGGAGAAGUCAUUAGGGCACAGGAGCUUUCACAUAUCGUAUCAACUGUUAGCCAGAGUUUGACUGGGCAUUUGCUGGCCUGGGACUUUGUCAAAGAGAACUGGGAAAAGCUUACACGAAAGUUUCACCUAGGCUCAUAUACUAUCCAGAAUAUCAUUACUUUAUCAACUUCUCAAUUUGCAACAAAGACACAUCUACUUGAGGUGAAGUCAUUUUUUGAGGCAAAAUCAGAGGAGAGUUCUCAACUGCGCUGUGUAAAAGAGGCAAUUGACACAAUUCAGCUUAAUAUCCAGUGGAUGGAGAGGAACUUAGCAAAACUACAAGAACUGCUGUAGUGACCAUAAUGCUGUGGUGUGUCAGCCAUUUAGGAGCUCUGUGGGCAGUUGCUGUGUUUUCUUUACAAAAGCCAGGAUGAAACCAGGCAUCACUGCAACAUUGUUUGCACUAUUAAGGAGUCUAGAUAGCUCAGGGCAUAUCUCAGAUAAAAUGUUAUUUUCCUUGGAGCAUUUAUGAGUAAGAUAUAAGUAUAUUUAUUCUGAAAUUAUUUUCAACUAUAGACCAAACUUCUCCACAAAUGAUUAAAAAUAAUUUUAUAUUUGAAACAUAUCCCCUUUCAUUUGGAGUUGUGUUGUAGUUUCUUAGCAGUGGGUUAAUAUUGACAGUUAGGGUCAGAAAGAAAGAGUUACCAUGAACUGUUACUUCUUUGCAGGCUGCCAACUGAGCAGUAGAUUUUUUUAAUGCAAAACUGUAGGUGGUUUCCACAUUUGUAAAUACAAAGGCUGUUGUGAAACAAAAUCAUACUUGGAAUACAUAAGCAGUAGUGGAUCUUAAAGCACAGCAGCUUGAGGCAAAAUAAAUAAGAUUUCAAUUUUAUUUAAGUUUGGUUUUAUUAUUUUCACAGUAUUAUUUAGGAAUUACAG